AUGCCUUGCGGCAAGAAGAAUGUUGAGCAAAGUUGGAUGAGCAUUGACGGUCACGAAGUCGUACUGCAGAGUGUUCCCGUCAGCCUGCGUGGUGAUCUUCGUCUGUGGGGUCUUGAUCCCAGAUCCCAGAAAGGCAUCGUGGAGGGAGGGUCCAAGGGUUGA